CAACCAGUCUUAUGUUAUCAGUUUUGUGGUUCCCAAUCAGAAGAAACUAACGGCACUUGCUGAACAGAGGGGUAUGUCUGACAGCUGGAACAACAUCUGUAACAAUCCUGUCAUGGAAUCAGAAGUUCUGAAAGAGAUUAAAGACAUGGCUAACAAAAUGAAGCUGGAAAGAUUUGAAGUGCCCAUCAAAGUGCGUCUGAGUCCGGAGCCCUGGACUCCCGAGACAGGCCUAGUCACCGAUGCUUUCAAACUGAAAAGGAAGGAGCUGAAGAACCAUUACCUCACUGACAUCGAGCGGAUGUAUGGAGGGAAAUAAGACCUCCCAAGCUCCCUGCGUCAGAAAGCGUGCGUCGUUUCUUCUGGAGCUGAGCGGUUGUAUUUCCAAACGGAAGCGGCGUUUCCUACAACAGUUGACCAUUUAUUCCCGGUUACCCAGAAGGAACGGCUGCGCCGGCUUUCUGCCUUGCAGUUUUC